GUAUACUUUAUAAACCUAAUAUCCACAAUCUUUAAACUGUAAUUCUAUGCAGAUUAAAUAGAUACUAUCUAGUAUUCAGCAUAAAAGAGAUGUCUUGAACAAAAUGAGGAAAAUUUAAGAAGGAAAUAUUUAUUAUACAUAACUCAUGUAAAGCGAUUUGCUGAAGUUGUAUUACUACAAUAGCAAAUGCAUUCUCAGUGGGUAAUUCAGCGAAGAAUAUACUCAAUAAGAAAUCAUUUUUGUUAGCAGAACUCAAAUAUACUUCUUUCGUGUACAAAUAUUGUAUUAGACCAAGUUGGAAGAAAUCUUUAUCAGAUUGUUUAAUUACUUUUCACGAUAUAAAAAUUUAAAGUAUAAAGAAGAUUUAUAAACGAAAUAACGAAAUUUAUAACAGAGAUAUACGAUGUUGGUGAACCUAUUUUUUCUCUCUGCGAUUAUGUGUCUAAUGAAAACUUCAUUUCAAAAUGAUGAAACGACUAUUCAAAUAAAUAAACCAGAAGUUUUAUUGGAUCCAUCUUUGCAAGAUAGGACAAAAAGCAAACUAAAAAUAUCUAUAAAAAAUGAUUUACUUUAUAAAAACAUUACAACACCUUCAUACACUACCACGGUAUUUCUCUAUUCAAAGCUUGGAUAUUAUUUAACAAUAAACGAAAGUGGAAACAUUAUGGGAACACUGGAUACUAAAUCACGUGAUAUUUUUUUUGAAGUCGAGUCAUACGGAGUGUAUUUCAAAAGGUUUCGAAAACCAAACUCAUGGUAUAUAGCUAUUGACAAACUUGGAAUUAUAAAAACAAGGAAACAAGGAAGAAAAGAUACAUUAUUUCGGGUCAUGUAUAACGAUGCAGGCUGGGCUUAUUUUCAAAAUGAUGCAACAGGUUUUGUGCUUGGUUUGCAACAAAACGGAAAACCAAAAAAUAAAAUAGCUAACGUCACAUUACGGAAUCGAAAGAAAACUCAUUUUCUAAUUCUAACACGACCAGUGCUCCAACCAUUAUCAACAAUUCGUUGAUGAUUUUCUAAACCUUUUUUCUGUAUAAUAUAGAGUAAUCAACAAAAAUAUUUUUUUAAAUCAAUCAAUAAAAUUGUAAAUAUA